GUGAAAAUUUAAUAAAAUAUUUAAACGUAUAUAACUAUAAUAUUAUUAUUAUUUUUAAUAUAUAUAAAAGAGUUGAGUGCAUUUUGGAUUACCGAGAUGGCGUUUAUGAUGCCUGUGGUAAAAAACGAGUGGGAUAUUUACAAGACUAACCGUAGUAGAAGAUCCUCGGAAUGUUCUAAUCCUCAGGCGUGUCGUAGUCGUAAGGUAUCUGAAUGUUCAAAGUCAGAAGGGCCAUCGCUCUCAACAUCACCAGGGUCAGAUUUUUUAACAUCCCCUGCCCACCGUUCAGUAGCAAUGUCUCGUCAUUUUUCGCGGACUUCAUCACGAACAUCUCAAAGUUCUCUCCAAAGUCCAUGCAAAAGUACUGGAUCAUCACCACCUAAAACUGGUAGUUCAAAUUCCCUUAACAAAUUUCACAAUCGUCUGGUAGAUAAACUUAAAAGGUCAUUAAAAAAAUCAGAUGACCGUGGUGAAGAUCAAAGAAAUUUAUCGUGAAACAGUCAAGGGGUUUUGAGUCUUUCACCAGUAUCUGGUUAUCACCGAAUUAGCUCAAAACCCAUCGAGAUAAAUAAUUCAACAAGACGAAUUUCGGCACCUCCGGUAUCAAGGAUUGCUAUAUUAGAAGAUAACACUGAUAGCAAUGAUAACAAUGAUAUAAAUGAUACUACUAAAGUGGUGCGGUCAUGUCCGGAUCGAUCUGCUGCAUGGUGAAUUUUUUAUUAUUUUAUUAUCAAAUAUCUCAACGUUAUUAUCAUCAUCAUCAUCAUCAUCGAUACUAUUAUUAUUAUUAUUAUUAUUAUUAUUAUUAUUAUUAUACUUUGAUAUGUAAAACAAUAUUAAAAUAUUAAUUACGUGUCACAGUGUACUACUAGUCUGAUGAUAAUGAUAUAUUUUUUUUUAAUUUGACAUGUCCAAGUAAUUGUAUUGAGUAAAAUGGUACACUGAAUAAAUUAUUAGCUAAACUACUAUACGGUUACGAGACGACUACUAUCGACAACUACCAUUACAAUCAUCAAGUAAAUUAUCUAUAUAUAUAUAAGCGAAUAAAACAUCAGCAAUAGCUUAUUGUGUUGCUACACUAUUAUUUAGUCGUUCCUUAUUCUUUUUCAUUAUUUAUUUCGUUUCAGUAGUUAAAAUUUAAAAGAUUAUCGAUUAUAUACAACGAGUACUACACUAUUAUAAAGACGAUUAUAUAUUGGGGUUGUGGAAGCUUGAUUGUUUAUUUAUCAAUCAUGUCCACCUAGUAUAAUUUAUUAUUUGUAUUACAAUUGUAGUAGAGACUAGUCGAUUUGAGGUUAGUGUUAUCUCUAAAAAUAUCGCGAUAUUAUAAUAAUAAUAAUAAUAAUAAUAUUAUUAUUAUUAUUGACGCUGUAAUUAGUUAAUUUUUUAACAAUAAGUUGUCCUAGUACAUGUUGAUAUUGACUCAUUAUAAUAAAU